AUGCAGAACGAGCCUAUGUUUCAAGUCCAAGUGGACGAAUCUGAAGAUACUGAAUGGAAUGAUAUUUUGAGAGCCAAAGGUGUUAUUCCAGAGAGACCACCAUCCCCAACAGCUCAGCUGGAGGAAGCUUUACAGGAGGCAUUGGCCAAACAACAUGAUAACAGAUUAGAAGGGAAAGAAUUGUCUGAUUUAGAGGAAUUAGAAGACGAUGAAGAUGAAGAGUUUUUGGAAUUUUAUAAGAAGAAGAGAUUAGCUGAGCUGGCAAAAUUACAACAACGAUCCAAAUUUGGAGAUGUAUAUCAUAUUAAUAAACCAGAAUAUAGUAAAGAGGUUACAGAUGCUAGUAUGGGUACAAUUAAGCCUAAGACUAAGACGUCGGAAUACUUAGACAAUGGUGAUAGAAAUGAAGAUGAAAAUGAAGGGGAAGGGGUUUAUGUAUUUGUUCAUCUAUCAUUACAGAGUAAGUUACAAAGUAGAAUUUUAUCCCAUAUCUUCCAAACAAUGGCACCAAAAUUCUCAGAAAUAAAAUUCGUUGAAAUUCCUGGUAGCAGAGCUAUUGAGAAUUAUCCAGAUUCUAAUUGUCCUACUCUAUUGGUAUACUAUAAAGGUGUAGUAUUAAAAAACUUAGUGACAUUAUUAGAAUUAGGAGGUAAUGAUACAAAGAUCAAGGAUUUUGAAAAGUUAAUGGUAAAACUUGGUGCUGUCAAAGACAGUGACAACAGAUUAAUGAUGAAUGCAGAUUCAGAUGAACUGCGUGAGGAAAGAAAAUUGACCUUUGCCAAUAAAAAAAGCAUUAGAUCAAGUAAAUUGAACUCCAAUUUAAGUGACGACGAUGAAGAAGAUGACGAUGACGAUGAUUUCUUCAAUUAA